UGUAUAAUGUAUCUUUUUCAUUUUCAUAUAUAGGUGUGUGCAAUACGGCGUAGGGCGUAGAAAUCGCUCGCGUCAACUUUGACUCAGGUCUUGCAUCAUCUCUCAUCCAAGUCCCUGUCUGAACUUAACUGGAUUCCAAUUCGACGGCCACUCUAUCCUCCUCUCUCUCUCUCUCUUGCUCUCUCUGAUAACCGCGUUUUCAUUCUUUUUUAUUUUAUAUUUACCAAGCACACUGUUUUUAGAUUUCCCUGAUCAAUUUCUCAUUUUUUUAUUGAUCUGUACUCGAAAUCAAGCUUGCCCAGAAGUUCUGUACGGUGGAUUUAAUCUGAUGUUUUCUGGAAUUCACAAAGCUUGGAGUCUUGAGAUCUCGGCGAAAAUUUACCUGUAGUGUUUCUGAGCUGUUUUUAUGGCCGCGGAGAGCAGGCGGCACGGUCUUAAUGCUCAAUUAGAUAUUGAGCAGAUACUGUUAGAAGCACAACAUCGUUGGCUCCGCCCAGCUGAAAUCUGUGAAAUACUUUCGAAUUACCAGAAAUUUCGGAUUGCUCCCGAGCCUCCAACUAGGCCUCCAAGUGGUUCACUGUUUCUUUUUGACCGUAAGGUAUUACGAUAUUUUCGGAAAGAUGGGCAUAACUGGAGGAAGAAAAAGGACGGGAAGACUGUCAAGGAGGCUCAUGAAAAGCUCAAGUCUGGAAGCAUUGAUGUGUUGCACUGCUAUUAUGCUCACGGAGAAGAGAACGAAAACUUCCAGCGGCGCAGCUACUGGUUGCUCGAAGAGUCACAGUCGAACAUUGUUCUCGUCCACUACCGGGAAGUAAAGGGUAACAGGAUGAAUUCUAGCCGUGUCAGAGAACCUCAAUCAGCUAUUCCUGUUUUCCAGCAAAGCGAAGAAUCUGGGCGCAGCUCCUCAGAUGUAGGCAGUACAGUAUCUUCAAAAUUACGCCCAUAUGAUUACCAAGUGACAUCUCAUGUUACAGAUACAACUAGCCUUAACAGUGGUCAGGCCUCAGAAUAUGAAGAUGUUGAAUCAGUGUACAAUCAACAAUCAACUUCUGGAGUCCACUCUUUUACUGAAUUUCAGUCAAACGUGAUCCCGAAGGCUGAGGAUGGGCUUUCUGCUCCUUAUUAUCCAGCCCCCUUCUCAGAUGAUCAUCAAGGCUAUUAUCCAGCUAUUACUGGUAUGAACUUCCCCUCAACCACACAUGGAAACCAGAACAGGAACACUGCAAAUGCAUAUAUGCCCUGCAGAGACCUUGAUUUCCCAUCAUGGGAAAAUGUUCCCGAGAAGAAUACUGCUGAUUAUCAAUCUGUACAAUUUCAACCUUCAAUUUCCUCAACCCAGUCUGCUGCAAUAAACACAAUCAAUGGACAAGGAAGCGCUAUGAUUGAUUUCACAAACGACUUCAGUAUUAAGCAGGAGGCUGACAACCAUUUCCAUGCCCUAGAAGAAUGGCAGGCAUCUAAAGGCAAUUCCUUGCAAUCAUCGGAGUGGUCAGUUGAUCAGAAGAUGGAACCGCAUCAAACAUUUGAUUUUGCUAGCAAGUUAGAUAAAGAGAAGCAUGCGGAGUUUCAUGAUUCCUUGGAGGCGUACAAUAUACUUCAUACUGAACCAGAUAAGCAUCCUAUGCAAAACGGUAGAUUUGUGAAAGCCGAGUCAGAUGGCAGUUUCAAUGUGGAUGGCAAAACUGAUCAUUUGGCUUUCAAGCAACCCUUGUUGGGUGGGGUUCUAAGACAAGGACUGACGAAACUUGACAGCUUUGAUCGUUGGAUAAGUAAGGAACUUGAAGAUGUAAACGAGCCAAGUCUGCAAUCCAGUUCUCAAAGUUAUUGGGAAAAUGUUGGAAAUGAAGAUGGAGUUGAUGAAUCUGCCAUUGCUUCCCAAGUGCAGCUUGACCCUUAUGUGCUUAGUCCGUCCCUCUCCCAGGAUCAGUUAUUUAGCAUUAUUGAUUUCUCACCAACUUGGGCGUAUGCUGGAACGGAGAUCAAGGUUCUAAUUACUGGAAGAUUUUUAAAGUCUUACCAAGAGGUGGAAAAGUAUAAUUGGGCAUGCAUGUUUGGCGAGUUGGAAGUUCCAGCUGAGAUUAUAAGAGACGGGGUGCUUCGUUGCCACACACCUUUUCAAAAGGCGGGAAGAGUUCCAUUCUACAUAACAUGUUCCAAUAGGUUAGCAUGUAGUGAAGUGAGAGAAUUUGAAUUCCGAGUUAGUGAGGCUCAAGAUGUCAGCACUGGGAGUGAAAAUAGUGGCGGCUCUAGUGAAAGUCUUAUUCAUAUGAGAUUUGUGAGAAUGUUAUCUUUGGGAUCGCCCAGUUCCCUGAACUCUGUACCUAGGAAUGUGGAUGAUAUCUCUCACAUCAUCCGUAAAAUUAAUUCAUUGCUACAAGAGGACUGCGAAUGGGAAAACAUGAUGCACCUCUCUUCUGGCGACACUUUUUUGCGAGAGAAAACAAAAGACCAGCUACUGCAAAAGCUUCUAAAAGAUAAUUUACGUAACUGGCUCCUUCAAAAGGUCACCGAAGGUGGGAAAGGCGCUAAUGUACUAGAUGAGGGUGGUCAAGGUGUUCUGCAUUUUGCAGCUGCUCUUGGUUAUGACUGGGCUGUACCCCCGACUUUAGCUUCAGGAGUAAAUGUUAAUUUUCGAGAUGUGAAUGGAUGGACAGCACUCCAUUGGGCAGCAUUCUAUGGAAGAGAACGUAUGGUGGGUUGCCUCAUCUCUCUAGGAGCAGCUCCGGGAGCUUUGACAGAUCCUACGCCCCGACAUCCUUCGGGUAUAACACCUGCUGACCUGGCAUCCAGCAGUGGGCACAAAGGAAUUGCUGGUUAUUUGGCGGAAUCUGCCUUGAGCACCCACCUUAGUCUACUUAAAUUGAAGGAAAACCGGGAGGAUGAAAGCACUGAAGUCUCGGGGUUAACAGCUGUGCAAAUGGUUUCUGAACGGGUUGCUACUCCCGUUGGCGAUGGCGAUUGGCCAGAUGGAUUGUCAAUGAAGGACUCUCUGGCAGCUGUUCGUAAUGCAACCCAAGCUGCUGCUCGCAUUCAUCAAGUCUACAGGGUCGAGUCGUUCCAAAGGAAGCAGAUAAAAGAAUAUGGCGGCGGUGGUGAAUUUGGAUUGCCCGAUGAGCGUGCUCUUUCACUCCGUGCUGUGAAGAACAGGGCAGGACACUAUGAUGAACCAACUCACUCUGCUGCAAUACGAAUACAAAACAAAUACCGCAGUUAUAAGGGACGAAAAGAGUUUCUUCAAAUUCGGCAACAAAUCAUUAAAAUUCAGGCGCACGUAAGGGGACAUCAAGUCAGGAAGAACUAUGGAAAGAUAAUCUGGUCUGUUGGGAUACUGGAGAAGGUAAUUUUGCGAUGGAGACGAAAAGGGAGUGGUCUGCGGGGGUUUAAACCAGAAACAGUCACCGAACCCUCUAGCAUGCAAGCCCAACCCGUGCAAGAAGAUGAGUUUGAUUUUCUAAAAGAAGGCAGAAAACAAACCGAGGAAAGAUUGCAGAAGGCUCUUGCCAGGGUGAGAUCCAUGGUUCAAUAUCCCGAGGCCAGAGAUCAAUACCGAAGACUGCUAAACGUCGUCUCUGAAAUGAAGGAAACUAAGAAAAAAUAUGAUGGGGACCCGAGCAAUUCAGGUGAAGUGGGCGAUUUUGAUGAAGAUCUGAUUGACCUGGACGCAUUGUUGGACGAUGACACCUACAUGUCCUUUGCGUAAUAAAAUCUCUAAACUCUCGUCUUGCUUGGAGUAUAUAUCGAUGCUUAAGUACUAGCAUUUUAUACAUAGGCUUCCUGCUUCCCUGACAAAAAUCAUAGAUGUGUCCUAACUGGAAUGUUCGAAGUUGAUUUGUGAUGAAUUUGUUGUAUAUGAUGCAAGUUUGAUUGUAUCCAAUAUAUGUACAAUAAACUCGUAGAUUUCCAGCUUGAAAAUUACAUAUAUAGUUGUGGCCUGACAAGAAUGUUUUUCAGUUGAUUAGUUAUCAACGGUGAUGUAUGCAAGUUUGAUUUGUUCAGUA